GGUCGCGCGUCCUGGAAGUGUCGGCGGAGUCCGGGUAGUCUCCCCGCGGUUCCAGCGGCCUCCGGGGAAGUGAUGCUGAGCCAGAGGAGCCGGCGCCCGCGGGAGGUGACGGGCCCCACCCCGCACUCAGUGGCGCUGAGGGCCAAGUUUCCUAAACCUGAUAAGUCUGAACGUUUCAUCUUGGAAUGCAGACGUAAAGAAAAAGAACGUCUUGAAUACUUGGCUUUCACAAAGGUUCAUAACAGAGGUCUGCAGGUCAGUCAGUGGGAGAAUCACAAUGAACGCAGAAGGCUUCACAGUAUUGUACAGAAGAAGGUCGAUCAGACAAUGCAAGAUUACCUGGCAGGAACUGAGGAUAGAAGAGAGAGGCUUCGGGCACUUCUGGAAGCAGAAGAAAAGAGCUAUUUCACUGAGAUGGAGUCAAUGGAAGAAACCAUGCUGGAAAGAGAAGCAAAAAUGAGAGAGCGAGCAAAGGUGCUGAGAGAGAAGAGAGAGGAAGAAAGACAAAAAUUGGUUGCUCUAAAGCGAGAGCAACAGUUCAGAGAACAGUGUGAAGAGGUUCGUUUACAAUGGAGUCAGAGACAUCGGAGGGAGGUGUGUUCAGACCGACUGGCCCAACUGGCCCUUAAGGAAGAAUUGAAGAAGCAAGAGAAGAGGGAGGAACAGAUAUUUGCAGAGCUUUGGGAAGAGGACCGAUUGGCCAAGGAAAAACGAGGGAUAGAGGACUUCCAGAAAAAAUCCGAACAGAAUCAAGAAUUGCUGAAUGUGCUUAAUGCCCAGGUAGCUGCAUUAGAUGCUCAAAAAGAGGAGGCAAAGCGACUGAAAGAAGAAGAGGCUCGAUUAAUGGAAGAGGAAAUGAAGCUGUUUAAACUAGAAAAUGAGCGAGUUCAGAUGGAGAAAUUACAGAAACAGAAGGAACACAGGGACAUGUUGAUCAGUUCAGCUCGGGCAAAGAUGAAGCGUCUUAAUCAGGAAAAACAAGAGGAACUUGCUCUAGACAUGAAAAUCCUAGAACGAUUUUCUCAUGAAUCCCAGGAAGACACAGAGGGAAAAAAUCAAAGAAAACAAGAGCUGUUCAAGGAGCAGCAGAUGUACCGGGAAUAUCUGGCUCAACAAUUGGAAGAGGAGACGCAUCGAGAGAAAGAAAUGGACAAGCUUCUGGAGGAAGAGAUGGAGAAGUCUUGGACCAAGAAGGUUGAGCAAAUGAGAUUGGAAAAGGAAGCUAGGAAACGGCUAAUGAAAGAUGUCCUGGAUACAAGACGACUGCAGAUUGAGGAGAAGUUGGAGAGAAAUGCAAAGCAGCAGGAAGAACUUGCUCAGGACAAGAAACUAUUAGCUGAAGCCAUUAAAGAACUCAAUUCUAUAGAAGAAAAAAAAUAUUUAAGACAAAUGCAGGAGGCAAAGGCAUAUCGGGAGCAGCUGCAGGCUCAAAUUACCUAUCAGCAGCAGGCCCACAUUGCUGAGGAAGAAGAAAAGCAGCGAGAAUAUGAAUCAGGACUAGCAGCAGAGAGAGUGUACCAAGAAAAGAUGAAAGACAUUCUAUCAAGACCCUACAUGAAACUAGCAGAAAUCCAUCCCUUGAGAAGAAAACUAAUGUCUAAUCUGCAAGUAUAGCAUUUACUUACUGUCAUGUAUACAACUUCAGCUCCCUUUAGACUGUAUUUAAAACAGUAUAUAUGAAUUUUUACUUUUCAUACUAAUUAAUAUAUCUGGUUCCAUCUUCCCUGUAUUUGUAUGCAAAUCGUUUUAAAGGAGCAUAUAUGUAUAAGAAUUAGACACCUUUUCAAAGGGCUAUUUUUCCCUUUUGGAUUUUCUUUGAGACAAUAACUUUUCCUCCAUUUAGAUUCAGAAAUUUUUACAUUUUAAAUAAAAAAACAUGGUGUAUAAAUAGCAUCUAUGAAAUGAACUGCAUGUAAGUGUUCCUCAAAAAUCUACAGAAACGCAUAUUUGUAGAAGAAUUUCAGGCAACUUUAAUUGGGCCAUACUAAUAGUUCAGCUUUUAAAGGGUCAUUUUAAUUACGUAUUUAAACAAAAAACAUUUGCUGCACAUUUUUAGUAUCUUUGAAAAAUAUGUAGUGUGUGUCCACUUUAUUUCUGAGACUCUUUCAAAGGGAUAGUAAAUGUAAAUCUUCAUAGACCCCGGUGGCUAAUAAGGAUCUGUGGAACUUCAGGAUCUCCAAAACUGAUCUGUGAAAUUAUUGCUGGGAUAAAUUUACUACAUAAGAUGACUAAAAUCGUGAUUUCGUUCUAAAAGGGUUAUUCUCCACUAGUCUAGAGUUCAGUCCUGCAUUUCUUGCAUACCCCAGAUGUUCACAAAUACUUUAUUUUGCUUGCACACGAUACAGAGGAUCAGGCUGUGUUGCAGGGUGGUUGACCCCUUUAAGGGGAGUCAGGGCCUAACCUACCUGUGACAAGCUCCUGUAAGGGAGAAGGAGCCAACCCAGACACACAUGGCUGGCUGUCUGGCAGGCAGCUAAUGAGGCUGAUAAAGGGAUACUAGUGCUGGGGUGGAAGUUUCUGGAGACAGGGAGCUCUUGAGGAAAUGUGCUCCUAAGAGAGCUGAUAAGGAGAGUCCACAAGAGUAGGGAACCUAGAAGGUGUGUUCCUGGGGACAGGGAACUCCCAGGACAGCUGAUCAGGAAGGCUCAUGUAAGCAAAGACCCUAGAUGUGCUUCUAGAGAGGGGAGAUUUCUAAGGGCAGAGUUACAGCUGGCAGCCCUCCAAGAAGGCCUAUUCCCAGCAAGAGGAUCUCUCAGACAGUGGUGAGAAGCACAGCCCAUCAAGAACUAUGUGCUGUCCCAGAGAAGGGAUUCAAUUGAUAGAUCUCGGCCAACUCUGGCUCCA